CAUCAUCGUUCAGUUCUGUUUUCCUUUUUUUGCGCUCUGAUUUUUGUGACGCGCGCUCCGCUCUCGAACUCGAAACUCGAAAGGAGAAGAAUCGUAUCGAAACGAAUCAAAGCGAGAGAGUAUGCAUCCAAUAAAUGCUGUUUUGGCGGCGAAGGUGACGAUGAUGACGGCGCAAUCAAGCGGCGCCUGGGAGGGAAUAUCGUUCGGAUCGGUAUGGUUCUUCGUCAAUGCAGGCGUCUCCUGCUUCCUUGUUCUCUUCGCCGGUAUCAUGUCCGGCCUCACUCUCGGCCUCAUGUCCCUCGGACUCGUCGAGCUCGAAAUACUCCAGCGCAGUGGAACUCCGACCGAGAAGAAACAAGCUGCGGCAAUUCUACCAGUGGUACAAAAGCAGCAUCAACUUUUGGUGACUUUGCUUUUAUGUAAUGCAGCAGCAAUGGAGGCUCUCCCAAUAUACUUGGAUAAGCUAUUCAAUCAAUAUGUGGCAAUCAUAUUAUCUGUGACUUUUGUUCUAUUUUUUGGAGAGGUUAUUCCACAAUCAAUAUGUACUAGAUAUGGAUUGGCUGUAGGUGCAAAUUUUGUGUGGCUUGUUCGGAUUCUAAUGGCUAUUUGCUACCCAAUUGCUUAUCCCAUUGGGAAGAUUUUGGACUGGGCACUAGGACAUAACGAAGCACUAUUUAGGCGGGCUCAGUUAAAAGUCCUGGUCUCCAUCCACAGCCAGGAGGCUGGAAAGGGAGGUGAACUUACUCAUGAUGAGACGACGAUCAUUAGUGGAGCACUAGAUUUGACUGAAAAGACAGCAGAGGAGGCUAUGACACCUAUUGAAUCAACUUUCUCUUUAGAUGUCAAUUCAAAGUUGGAUUGGGAGGCUAUGGGUAAGAUUCUUGCAAGAGGUCAUAGCCGUGUCCCUGUCUAUUCUGGAAAUCCAAAAAACAUUAUUGGACUUCUACUGGUGAAAAGUCUUCUCACUGUGCGACCUGAAACUGAGACCCUUGUUAGUGCUGUUUCCAUCAGGAGAGUUCCUAGGGUUCCAGCUGAUAUGCCUCUUUAUGACAUAUUAAAUGAGUUCCAAAAGGGAAGCAGUCAUAUGGCGGCUGUUGUGAAGCCCAAAGGCAAAAGCAAGAAUCCCCCUCCAAUGAUUGAUGGGGAAAAACAUGAAGAAAACAAAUUUCCUAGUGCUGACUCCCAACUGACUACUCCUUUACUAUCCAAGCCAGAUGAGAAGCCAUAUUCUGUUGUUAUUGACAUUGACAAGGCUUCAAGGCCUACUAGCGGUAACAAGCAAGAUGCAGCAACUAAUGGACUAACUUAUACAUAUGAGGAUAUUGAGGAUGGUGAAGUGAUCGGUAUCAUCACUCUAGAAGAUGUAUUUGAAGAACUUCUACAGGAGGAGAUUGUGGAUGAAACAGACGAAUAUGUUGAUGUCCAUAAGAGAAUUCGUGUUGCUGCGGCUGCUGCUGCUUCUUCAGUGGCAAGGGCACCAUCAAAUCGGAGGUUAACUGGCAAUAAAGCAACUGGAGCUCAAAGUAAGUCAGGCAUAACCCCAAAGAAAUGUGCUGAGGCUGAUUCAAAUUCUACUAGGUUUCACUCAAAUACCAGUGAGCCUCAUGUUGUGAACAAGGGAUGAUCAGCAGAUGCCAGUCCUACUAAAGUAGACUAGCAGAGGGUAUUUUUGGUUUCCAUAAAGAAGAGGUAGAAGAGAAGGUGUGAAGUGUAGAUGGAAAAUUAAAAUGAUGCAAAAUGAACUGAUUCUUCAAAUCCUUUAGGCCUAGGACAUAUUUGGGUAUUAAUUGAACCAAGAGAACAGCUAAUCGUUACGCAUUAUUCUGAUGUAUUUGUCCCGCAAUGAUAUGAAUUGUAAGCAAGCCAGUCCAUCACUAUGAAUAGAAAUCUGAAUUCUGAGGGAAGCAGUUAUCCCAAAGGAACUGUUUCCAAAAAUCUGUACAGGUGUUAAUGUGUUUGUGCUUUAGCUGUACUCCCCCAAUUCCAAACCAUGGGAAUCAUCUCUAUUAUUUGUUUUGCCUCUGUAAUUUUAUAAUAAAAAAUGUGUUGUGCA